UGUAUCCAAAUUUUUCCGAAUUCGGUUUGUACAGGUGAGAUUUUAAUACUUUGUUAAACUUUCAAAAUUUCACUAAAAUUUGUGCAAACUAUGGAUCAAUUUAGAUAUGAUAGCAAAAAUAAGCAGCGUAGUCGAAAUGGUGGAUUAUUUUCUUCAAUUAUCGUCUAUGGCAUUCUAGCCAUGACAAUAGUCUUUGGUGGACUAUUUUAUGUUUUUGUUUAUGGUCGAGCCAAUGAGACUAAUAGCAAUAGCACUUUUAAUAAGACUAGAACUUCAAAUAUCACACUGAAGUAUGUAGAAUCAAAUGACACAGAUACAAAUAAAGGAUUAGAAGUGAUUGAAAUAUCUGGUAAGAACUAUUCAGAAUCACAUGUCAAACGUAUAAAACGAUUAGAUAGUGAAGAUGUUUCAGCCAAUAUGUCACCUGAAACUCAACGACUCACAUUUUUUCCUACUCGAUCGUUAAAACCACCAAGAAUUGUACAAAAACCGAAAGUUAUUCAGUACCCACCUCUUCCGCCUAAUCACAAGAUUUCAUCUCGAAGAUUAGAUCCUCGAGUUUAUCAAUUUGGAACGAUGCAGCCAAUACCACAUGAAUUUUUAAGACCACCCACACCAGGAACUUUUUAUGGAAGUCAAGUGCAUAAUAUUCAAGACAUAAUAAAUCAAAAUCCACAAUAUCAACAACACAAUUAUUAUCCUUUGGUGGGAGCUCAACAAGUUUUAACAACGGCAAAAGAAAUGAUGGGAACAAAGCCUAUACAACUAGCUGGAAGCUACAGACAUCCACGAACAAAUCAAAAUUUAGCACAAAUUUUUCAACAAAGUAAACCACAAACAUUAAAAGCUGAAGCAUCAGAUCCAUUCCAAAAUUAUAAGCCAAUAUCACCAUACGAAGUGAAUCAAAUGUUGAAUCAGCAUGCUAAUGAUGAGCACGUAAAGUAUAUGAGCACAACAUCAGAGACACCGUAUUUUCGUAGAAAGUUUAAAAAGAAAAUAGCUUCUAGUAAUAAUUACAAUGUUCAUGCAAACGACGCUGCGAAUAUUUAUGGUAAUGGUUUGCAGACUGUUAAAAAACGUGUGCAAGAUAGAAAUGAGAUUCAGCAUCAAGGUAAACCAUUUUCUGUUAUGCUAGACGUUUAUCCAAUGCCUGGUGAAGACAAUGAGUAUGGUCAACCAUACAUUCAUGUUCCAAAUUUAAAAAGGCUUAAACCACUCAUGAAUCGCUAUUAUCAAGAUCCACAAAUGUUCAAUUCAAUGAAUUUUCCACAAGUAAUGGCACGGUAUCCAGCUUACUUUCGCUAUCAAAACAAUGCUAAACAACAACAGCUGCAAAAGCAACAACAGCAAUCAAGUACAAGCUUUGGAACAAUUCAGUCUAACGGAAUGUCUAAACCGAGUCAACUAGUUGUGCAUCUAAAUCUUUAUCCGAAGAAUAAUUCACCCACAUUUAAAAGAUCUUCAUCCGAGGAUUUUAAUGGAGGGCAAGAAACCCAGAAUAAAUUUCAAAGACAAUCUAAAUUACAUUUAAGCACCAUAAAAAAUCAAACAAUCGAUGUGUCAUCUACACCAUUUAAUAUAAAUUUCAAUGUUAAUACUGGAAAUGGUCAUCCAGAGAAUAUAGCGCAUCAGAAACAAUUGGAAUUUAACCGAACAUCUACAGAAGCGACAUUGGCUAGUAAUAACUACUUUUAUGAUGAUGAGGAAGAAGAAGAUAUAAACGCAGAUCAAAGUGUAAAUGCUCAUCCAUCAAUCGUUUAUAAAGAUAUUUAUCGAGAUAAGCCAAUUCAUUUGAUGCUGAAAAGCACAACAGCAUCAACUAAAAAGCCUAAAAGUAAUAAGAAUUCAAAUAACAAUAAUAAUGAUGAUCAUAACUUCAACAACAACAACAACAAUAGUAACAAUAAUGUUAUUAAAGGCAAGAAAACGAAAAGCAUAAAAUUUCAUUACCAAACUCUUAACAGGCCGACUACAAAGUAUGCAAAUGUUAUAAGACCUAAAUCAUCAUUCGGACCAUUUUAUUAA